AUGUCUGCCCCCGGCGCUAGUCACGAAUUCCCUGCCAAGCCAGUCUCCUGGCAAAAGCGCGAUGUCCUGUUGUUCGCCAACAGCAUCGGCUGCAAGGCCGACGAGCUACAGUUCCUUUAUGAACUUCACCCCAGCUUCUCAGUCUUCCCGACCUACCCCCUGAUCUUGCAUCAGGAGGUCACGAAUUUCUAUGAGCGCCAGUCGGCCGUUCACAUCCCUGGGGUUCCGAAAUUGGAUCACCGCCAUGGAGUCGAUGGCCAGCGCAAGCUGACCAUCCUCAAGCCGCUUCCUCCCACUAGCGCUGGACGCAAGUUUGAGCUGCGCAACAAGGUCAUCGGUGUCUACGACAAGGGCAAGCCCGGAACCGUCAUGGAAACUGAGCAGUCUAUUGUCGACGCAGAAAGUGGUGAGGUGUACAGCAAGGGCAAGGCUCCUGAUGCCACUCACGUCAUUCAGAGCACCAACGAGACUGCACACCUGUACCGUUUGAACGGAGACUAUAACCCUCUGCACGCCACCCCCGAGCCCGGUCAGAAGAUGGGCUUCGGCGGUAUCAUCAUCCACGGCCUGUUCAGCUGGAACUCUGCCGCCCACGGCAUCCUGCGCGAGCUUGGAGGCAGCAACCCUGACAAUAUCAAGGAAUUCCAGGCUCGCUUCGCGUCGCCUGUUCGUCCCAAUGACAAGCUUACUACCGAGAUCUGGCGGAUGGGCGAUGUUCAGGCGGAUGGGUUUGAGGAGGUCCGCUUUACUACCAAGAACCAGACUGGCAAGGUUGUCCUGAGCAAUGGCCGCUGUCUGCUGAAGGUUGUUAGCCCCAAGAGCAAGCUGUGA